AUGCAGGCGCAAGGCUCCACCGCAUCGUCACCCCCGAACUUACGCUACAUCUCUCUCCGGACACCUCAACCUGUGCAGCCAGCGCCUCGUGUUGGGCUGAAACAGAUCCUCCUUAACAGCGCUUCUCAUGUCCCCGUGAUCAUGUCCAGGAGGACGCUGGGAGGAGGUCGUGUUCUAGGCACUCCGAGCGCACUCGCAUCAGCCCCGUCCCCGCAGCCGAAGCCAAGGGUGCUAUCGCCGACCACCAGCAGCGUUUCCCUCAGCUCCCAAACCUCCGCAUCUCAGUUCUCAGCCGAAACCCAAGACCUUACUUCACGCAUAUCUUUGGAGAAUGGCGAUACUUCAAUAUCAGCAGCCCCGGCCGCCCCGGGGGCUCGGCUGUCGUGUCCGAUCUGCAAUGAGGAGAUGGUGACUUUGCUGCAGCUUAAUAGGCAUCUCGACGACAUCCACCAGAAUUUAGAAGACGACAGACAAGAUGAAGUCAAGGACUGGUUCAAGGUGCAAAUGGAGAAGGCGAGGCGCUUCCAGCCUCUCGCUGUGCUGAACCAGAAGCUCAAGGGCUUGGACGUGUUCGAGUCGAACGAGAAUCAAACCACUUCCGCGGCCAGUCGCCCUCUAGCAGUCCACACAGGAGCACCCGAGCCCUCGAUUACCCCGAAAUUGCUAGAUCCCGAAGAUCUUAUCACAAAGGAACAUUGGCAAGCUCCUGGUCUCUAUGAUAGUUGCCUAGAGCCCUCGUGCGGUAAACGACUCAAUGCGACCAAUGGUUGCGUGAACUGUCGGAAAUGUGGCAAGCUUUUUUGCGAGGAACAUACAAUGUACCAGAUCAAACUAUCAAGGUCGGCACAGCAUGAACCGGUCAGAGGAAUUUGGGCUCGAGUUUGCGAAACAUGCUACAAAUCAAGAGAAGGCUACAACGAUCAUACUGGAUUUACGAGAGACCAAACGGAUGCAUUCAAGAAGAUUCGAAAGCAGACCGUUGACAAGGAUUUCCUCGAAGUCUCUCGCCUCGAGAAACGGUUAACACGUCUGACGCAGCUUUUGGCUAGUCUACCACCUGACCAAAUACAGAAUAGUUCAACGAAACUGUUCUCCAUUGCAUGGCAGAGUGAUCAACGGAAAUCUUUGGAGCAAACAGUCGUCAGCUGGCAGGACGAUGCCAGCGUCUCACGUUGCCCUUUUUGCCAGCAAGAUUUCUCUGGAUAUUCGUUCCGGAGGCACCACUGCAGAACUUGCGGGCAGGUUGUCUGUGGUGAUCCAAACACGGGCUGUUCCAGUGAAAUUGGAUUAAGCAUAGCGCCUCUUUCCAAAGCAUCAGAAAAGUCCACUGCAAAAGAUCUUAUCAGUGUUGAUGUGAGGCUUUGCAAAGAAUGCAAAAGUACAAUUUUCGAUCGCCGAGAUUUUGACGCAGAUGUCUCCAAGAAACCUCCCGAGGUCAGAGCAUAUGAGAACUUGGUGCAAUUCGAAAGAGGCAUCCGCCUUCAUUUACCCAGGUUCCAAAAGCUUCUUACUACAUUGCAAGAUCCAAGGCGGCCGCCGUCUCCGGCACAGCUCGCCGAUGCUUCGAAAGUCCGCAAGCGACUGAUCGAUUCCUUUGCAAAGUACGACGUUGCGGCUCGGCGGAUCCGUGAUCUACCAACCCCCUCCCCCACUCAACAGCGACUACAGAAAGCUAUAUAUCAACAAGCCAGCAAUUUCUUGCAUAUUCACAUGCUCCCCUUGAAAUCCCUUCCCAAGGUUCUUAAACAUGCGCCCGCAGGAGAUCUCACCCCUAGCCGUACGUCCUCUCCGAGCACACCAAUCAAUAGCUCUCCAGCCGGGGCUCGACCGCAAGACUCUGCGCUUGCCUCCAUCAAAUAUAAUAAUCGGAUUGCUGCUAGUGGCAGCACCAGCAGCCUUGCCAGCGAUGCUAGCAGUGCCGUAUCAGCACUCGAGGCGGAAGAAAAAUCCCUUCGAGAACGAUUGAUAGUCCUCGAGGAACAGAAAUUCUUUGUUUCCGAGAUGAUCGCAGACGCGAACCGCCGACGCAAGUUUGACGAAGUGAGCAGUCUAGCGGUGAAUGUCGAGGAUCUAAGUCGUGAAAUCGACAGAGUUAACGGGAUGCUCGCUGGACUUGAUUUUGAAGGCGUUUACACUGGCAAUUUACAAGCCAAUGCAUGA